AUGGACGAGGGCGCCCUCGCCGGAUAUACACACUUUAUUAGAUACCUGAACUAUGCGACUACGCCCAAGUUCAGGAUGGCCUUUGAGACCUUCUGUCUAAUAGUCAUUGCAACAUUCUUAUUCUCACUGGUGGCAAUGCACAGACAAUAUGUUGGCAAGGCCGACUGCAUUGUAGACGAGUUCGAGGCCAACUUUCCAAAGCAUCGAUUCGAUAUACUAUUGUUGGAUAUUAAAGAGAUAACGACAGAUUCCAAUGAAGACGAUCAAUACCAACAAGAGGUCACAGAGAUAUUCGCAUCAUCACAAACAUCAUUGAUGCAAAAGGAUCUCAUCAAUAAGUUGCUAUCAACAGACGAGAUGCAACAGCAAAGGGAGGAGCAACAACACACAACCGCAGCAUCAGAAGCAGUGACUACAGAGACUCACCACCAGCCUGACGAGGCAUCCAGGCCCUCGCAUCAUGGUCCUGUGGUUGGCGUCUCACCUAACCAAAGGGUGCGCCACACAUUUGAAACGCAUCAGCAGUACGAGUUCAGCACGCAGAAGGGUUUCCUAAUGCUCUCGCCAGACGUCAGGAGCAUGUACAAUAUAUCUACACAUCGAAUCGAUCUAUAUACGAACCAGUCAUGCUUUGGCGGACCCUUUCAUCGGAUGCUACUCAAAGUGCUCGGCUACGACACUGUAAUCAUCAACAACCUGGUCAAUAGUUUCGAUGGCUCUGGCUAUCUCCGAUCACUCGAUGACAACAUCCUGAUCAAUCUAUCCAGGUUCUCAUCACCUGAGACUCACCUAUCAUCCGAUUACAUCCUUUAUGUAAUUCAAUGUAUAAUCAAGGUUAACAUCAUAUUCUUCUUGAAUGUAACAGUGUUUGGAGUUGGUCUACGGAUAUGUGAACAAUGUUUAACAAGUGUAUUCGAUUCCAACUCACAUGGACUACAAACAUUUAUGUUACACAAUUGUUGCGUUGCACUUUUACAAAUUGGAAUGAUAUAUAUGUUCUCAAUAUUCUUAUCCGCAGAAUACCUUGUAUUCCUUUCAAUAUCAUUAAUAGCAUCAUACUUCACAUCCUGGAGUCUUAGAUCAAACGAGAGUAUAAGAUGUUAUCCACUUAUAUUCUUGGCGACAUUAUACUUCUUGGGAUACUAUGUUACAAUAUUCCCAACUGGCUUCCAUUCAAUAGCAUUCUGUGUUACCUAUACGAUCACAGAGUACUUGGUAGUACUAUGCAUAUUCAACUUUGAAAUACCUGCUGUGUUGGGACCUAAUCGCGAUGUACAGAACAAUCAAAUUGUCCAAAGAGAACAACAUAUCCAAUAG